AUGCCUUCUCUAUUCGGAAAGAAGACUCGCAUCAACAAUGAUGGAACUUCUCAUCAUCAUUCCAACAGCAGUGAAUCAAUGGUAUCCCGUUAUAUGGUGGUCUUUGAAGAAGUCAUGAAUAACAAAGAUGCAAGGAAUUGUUUUAAACAAUUUUUGAAGGAAGAAACUCAUAGCGAAGCAGCCUUGUUGUUUAUUGAAGAACUCGAGGAAUAUAAAAAGGAGCACUACAAUGUAAGGACAGAAUUGGGAAAGAUUUGUGUCUCUGAAAAAUCAAACCACAAAAUAUUCAAAAAACUGGUGCUCAACUUGUGCGAAAGUGCUAGAAAGAUCAUGAAUCAGCAUUUUGAUACGGUGAGCAUACAGGAGCUCAAUGUUGGGAAAUCAAAAGCAAUUGUUGUUCAAAAUUGGGCUAAAAUUGAUUUUCAAGUGAAGAAUAUUCUCAUGACAGACAAUAACGAUACUGUCAGCACAACUUCAAGCAAUAGUGACAAUGGCAACAAUAGUAACGUUUCCCUUCCAAGAUGCUCAUACUAUGACAAUGAAGGAUUGAAACAAUUAUUGUUCAUGUUGGAACCAUCCACACUAUUUGAUUCAUGUGAAGUGAAUGUCAUUUUGGAUUUGAAAUUGGACCAAUUUCCCCUCUUUUCAAGAUCAAAGUUGUUGGACAAAUUUCUGAUUGAAAUGGGAGAAACAUUCAGUCGAAGCAUUGCCAUUGAUGUUUCAAAAGGAAAAAACAUUGAUGUUCGAUUCAAACCCAAAGAUUUUGAAUCAAGACUCUUGACAGACAAGGAUAUUUAUUUUGCCUUUGCAUUGUGUGAAGAUACUCCUGAUUGGAACUUGGUUUACACAGAACCUGGUUUGAGUGUUUUUCUCACAGAAACAAAUUAUGUAUUUGGAAGUGACUCCAUACCUCGGUUAAGUCUUGCUAAGAGUGUGAUUUUAAUUCCGUAUCCUCUUGAAAUGGUAUGGUCUAUUUUUUGUGACAAACAAUCAAGACUUCAAAUGGACGCUCACAUGAUGGAUGAAUGUCAGACACUUGAAUAUAUACCACCUCAUACCACAAACAAGCAAUUGCAAGAGUCAGUUUCAGAAGAAAGAGACCACUAUUACGAUUGUGACAAACCUCCUCUCGCCCUUAUCUUAGGUGUGACAGUGGCAGAUCUCAGAAUACCAUUCUUCAAAAAGAGAGUAUGUUCUUGCACAGAAACAGCAAUCUAUGAUCCCUAUGCAGAUUGUAUUGUACAGCUUGGCCACUCGACAAGUUCUCUUUCACACCCAACUUAUCAAGACGUCUCCAAGGGAAAGGUGGUUAUGGAUGUCAUGUUUGCCCAUAUUUUCUUUCGAACCAAUGAAAAUGUCACUCGAUAUGUGCAUUGUGCCUAUACGGAUGGAAGAGUUCCAUUACCAUCCAAGCCAUUAGCACAAAUGAUGUGGAAGAAGAGAUCCAAAACUGCUCGAAAUUCCUUUCUCAAACAGUUGAAAGACCACAACUCUGAAAUGCAUUCUCUUGAAGAUUCUUUCAAAUUUAAGCAAGCACUUUCAGACAAUCGACUAGCAUAUCCUGAAAGAUCAUGGUUUCGAGAAUAUGAAUCAAGAAAGAAUUCUCCAUCAUUGCGAACAUUUGACAUUUUGUAA